AAAUUUCUUAACAUAGCAAUGUUCGGAGGAUUCGGCGGAUUUGGAGGACCACCACCUGGCGCACCAGGAAUGAAUGUCAAUAUGACUACAACCACCCACCACACUACUACUUCUUCAGCAGGAGGACAGGAAGAUCCAGGAAAGAAGAGUCAGGAGCUACAAGAUAGAUACAAGCACAGAGAAGCCAAGUUGCCAACAUAUAUCGCUCUUGUAGAUGUCCUUGAGAUUAAGGGAGAGAAUGUAGUCGCAAUGAGAGAUGCAGCUGAGAAAGCAAAGAUGACCCCAGAGGAUAUGGCUAAAGGCCAAGCUGUCUUUGAGCAGAUCACUGCAGCUGUCAUGAGCUUCGACUUUGCAAAGAUCAUGCAAUAUAAUUCAGAAUUAAUGGAGCUUGAAAGAAUUGAUGAUGAGCACGAAAGACAGUUCAAAAAGCUUGAAAUGCUUUUGAAAGGAUUUGAUAAGUAUGAAGAGAUCAGACAAGAAUUUGGAAUCGUUCAUACAACAUUUACAACUCAUGCAACAACCCAACAAGUUCCAUUGGUUUCUGCUACUAUCACCACUCCUCAAGUAGGAAUUCUUCCAGCAUCCACACUUGAAGCAAGAGUUGUGCAACUUGAGACUAACUAUGCAACCUUAAAAGCAGAGUUUGAAGCUUAUAAGGCUCAGCAGGCUCUUCAAAACCAGACUUUUGAUGCUAUUAUUAAGAGUCUUCAAGGAAUCCCUGUUCAUGCUACUCAUACCACGUAUGCAACUACUCCAGCACCUGCUCCUACCUAUCAGACUGCUACUUAUGCUACUCAUGUGCAGGCUCCUGCACCAACUGCAGCUCCUGUUGGAGCUCCACCUCCAAUGGGAGGUACUGCCACCAUGACUGCUACUGCAAGUGACACUGGAGUAUCAGCUACAGCUCCAGGACUUAAUAUGCAAAUGAGAUUCCAAUAG